AUGGCAACUACUAGAAGCUCUACAAAGAACGCUCAAAAACCAGCAGCUAAGGAUGUCGCUGAACCUGUUCAAAAGAUCAAUGAUAAUAUUGAAGUUGAAUCCUCAGAAAGUGAAUCUGAUGAAGUUUCUGCCGAUGAAUUAAACUCUGACAUCGAAGGUUUGUCUGAAUCUGAUAAUGAGGAAGGUUCUAAGCAUAACAUUAAGAAAUUAAAGUCCAAGAAGAACCAAGAUGAUGGUGAAAGUAAAAAGGGCAAGAACGACCAAUAUUCCAGUAUCAUAUAUGUUAGUAGACUUCCUCAUGGUUUCCAUGAAAGAGAACUAAGUAAAUAUUUCUCUCAAUUUGGGGAUUUAAAGGAAGUUAGAUUAGCCAGAAAUAAAAAGAGUGGUAACUCUAGACAUUAUGGUUUCAUAGAGUUUGCUAACAAGGAUGACGCUAAAAUUGCACAAGAGGCUAUGAAUAACUAUUUACUUAUGGGUCAUCUUCUUCAAGUACGUUUGUUAGGUAAUGGUGCUAAAAUUGAAAAAUUAUUCAAGUAUAGAAAGAGAGCCUAUGCAGAGGCUGAUAUUAAGAAGAGUGCCAAGGAAUUACAAGAAGGAGCUGUGGCUAAACAACAGGCCAGAAUGGAAAAACUAGCCGAAGCUGGUAUUAAAUUCUCAUGGUAG